AGAGAGAGAGAAGGUUUAUUUAAUAAGUUAUUUAACAGAAAAAAAGGAAGGGACCAAACGGCGACGUAUUUACAUGAACACUAUGACUGGGGGAUGUGAUUAAAUACUAGCCCAUUCGCGCUUUCCUUGUGUCUGGGUAAAGUUUCGGAAAGCUCUCCUCUCUCAGUCUGUAUCAAAGAGUCUUCGGAACCCUAAUCGGAGAAGAUGGUUUUGUCAGAAGAAGAAAUCGCGAGGCUUUUCAGAAUCCGAAAAACGGUAAUGACGAUGCUUAAGGAUCGGAACUAUCUGGUUGGGGAUUUUGAGAUAAACAUGUCCAAAGAACAAUUCAAGGGUAAAUACGGUGAGAACAUGAAGAGGGAAGACCUCACCAUCAAUAAAGCUAAGAGAAGUGAUAGCUCCGAUCAGAUUUAUGUAUUUUUCCCUGAGGAACAGAAAGUUGGUGUCAAGACAAUGAAGACUUACACCAAUCGCAUGAAAUCAGAGAAUGUUUUUAGGGCAAUCUUGGUUGUUCAGCAGAAUUUAACUUCCUUUGCUCGGACCUGUGUAAAUGAGAUAUCUGCAAAGUUCCAAUUGGAGGUUUUCCAGGAAGCUGAAUUGUUGGUUAACAUUAAAGAACAUGUUCUUGUUCCUGAGCAUCAGGUGCUCACUACUGAGGAAAAGAAGACUUUGCUGGAGAGGUAUACUGUAAAAGAGACACAGCUUCCUCGCAUCCAAGUGACUGAUCCAAUUGCUAGAUACUAUGGUCUGAAGCGUGGACAAGUUGUGAAGAUAAUCCGGCCUAGUGAGACUGCAGGGCGAUAUGUCACCUAUAGAUAUGUAGUGUAAAACUUGUAUUAGUGAUUGGAACCCGACUCCAAAAUUUCAUCAAUGCACCGUUUUAGAACGACAGAUGAGCCCAAAAGUAGACCAGACUUUGAAAGUGGGUGUUUCUAGGAAGAGUCCAGUUUUCAUUUUCUUUUUCCUUUUUCUUAUAAUCAUUUUCUGGCAAUCACUCGGAUCUGAUUGUUUUCCAAUACAUUUACGGAUUUACACUUUUAGUUUGUAGUUAAGAAAUUUUGCAAGGUUGUAUUUUGUAUGUGCCAAAGAUUGGGAAGUGUAGGGUGGUCCUUUGAAAUAGCAGACGUUGAGCCAAAUGGGAUUUGCGCUUCUACAAAUUUCUAUGUA